AUGAGUGGCAAAAAUGAUACUGAUGAUAGUGGUUUGGACACAUCACAAGCCAGUUGUAUUGAAGAGUCAAUAAUCGAGACGUCGUAUACGAAUGAUGACGAGAAUUUUGUAAAAGAUAUAUUAGAAAAAUGGAACUUAUCCGAAUAUAUACCAAUCUUUGAAUCUGAAAACAUAAACAAAUACGUGUUUGAGAUUAUGCCCGAAAGUACUGUUCAAAAAUUAAUUCCUUCAAUCGGUCAUCAGGCAAUAUUUAUGUUCAAGAGACGGGAAUUAUUAUUACAAAUCGAUAAGGAAGUUGAUGUUGGUACAAGUUCACGUGGAGAGGAAUUAAAAAAAGUAUUGGCAAACUCUGCACUAGGAUCAGUCUUGGUCGAAGGUGGAGAUAUUGACAACGAUGCAAAUACAAUAUCAACAAUAAUAAUUGAACAUCUUUUCCAAAAAUACCCCUCGCUAAAAAUCACGCAAGAGGUUUUCGAACAUUGGGCAAAAGAAGUAAAAGGUAUAUGGCCAAAAGAGAAGGUUGAUGCAUGGUACCAUCAUUCUACAAAAAAAAAUAAGACAAAUGGAAUAUUAUACCAUAAAUGUAAAAACCUCAAGAGAAAAAUUCGUGAAACUGAAAAAAAUCAAUUGACCAAAAAAGCAGCCCUAGAAAAAGAUAUAAUUGAAAGUGAGAAAUCUCUUAUGCAAUCUAAAGUUCAACAAUUGAAGGAAGCAACAACGUGGAGUGACACAGUACUCACUUUGUGGGAGGACACAUGGAAUUAUAGAAAAAAAGAAGAAUCGACUGUAAAUCCUUUCGAUCAAUACCCAUUAAUAAACCCUCCUAAUGGUCGCAUUUUAAUUUUGAAAGACUAUCAAUUAACUCAGACAACUAGCGAUGACAGGGUAUUAUUCAAGAAAUGGAUAGAAAUACAUGGUAAAUUAAUUUCAAUCGGCAGUAAGCAUUAUAAGCAAGCAGCUAAGAUUAUAAAGAACUGUAAAGAAAAUUUAAACGUAAAAAAUUCAUCAAUAUUAGCGUGGCGAAUACUUCCAUGGUUGUUUAAACCCGUUCCAAUACCUACUAAACAGGCAAAAAAAAGUAUUAAACUGUCAUAUCCAGAACAAAGUGAUGGGUUUAUACGGUGGAUUGAUCACAUCGUUGAUAUUGAUAGAGAGAUAGCAAAACAUGCGAAAUAUAUGGAAAAAUUUAAAAUUAGUAUUCAGCCGUAUAUAAUUGCUGUUGGACCUGAUUACAACAUAUCACAAGCUUUUGUAAUUAUAAGCGGCAGAAAGUUUCCUUUUGAUGAUUUGACGAAAGCUGUGGACUUUGCAUGGAAAGCAACGGUUGGACUUGAUCUAAAAUAUGCGUCAUCUUCUGAACAAGUAUGGGUAUUUAUUGAAGAGUUCAUUUAUGAAUGUAAUUUAUCCGAUAGAAACUUUAUUAGUGUUGCCAAAUUAAAAAAGCUGCUAAGUGAAUAA